ACAUAGCAGAGGAACUGAGAUGAGGGUUGGUCUUGUCAAAUGUCAACUGACACACAUCUCAACCAAAACAGGCUCGCACGCUUUCAGCCAAACCACUGACACACACUGCAAUGGACUAAGAAGAUAUUCAGAAAUGUAGAGGAAAAAUAUCAAAUGAGUUGAUACUGAAAGACCCCAUGGACCUUCAGCAAUGAGACACAAAUGGAAUGCAGCUCACCACUGGUAGUGAACAAGCCAGAGGUCCAAUGGCCUAUUCACCCCACGGUUGGUGGUCUAUCCUCAUUGGCAUCACUUUGCUGUGUGCCAUAUGGUCUAGUAGAGCUGAUAAGCCAUGUACUGCAUCAUCCAGCAUUGGGGACCUGGUCCUUCUAGGCUCCAGCUUCCAGGUGUUCUGUACCUAUCAGGCCAGCUGCAGAGCUUCCAAAUCAAUGCACACCGACAAGAAGAAAAUACAGAAAAUACAGCCCUACAACUCUACAACUAUAUUCCUCAACGUGACAAACAUAAGUAAAAACACAACGUACACCUGCCUGUGUGAAGGAGAACCUGAGCCUUGUGGACUCGAUAUUGAUACUGGAUACACACCUGACCUGCCAGAAAAUGUAACCUGUGUCCAGAAAGGUCCAUUUGGAGAGGUGAUGUGUACAUGGAGGAGAGGAAGGGAAACUCACCUGACAACCACUUCAGAGCUCUGGGUGAGAGCUGUGUUUGGUAACAGCACAGCAGGAUCUGUAUCCUACCCUGGUUCUGGUUCCAGGUCUGAUCCUGGUCUAGUCUCAGCUAAUUUCCCUGUGGCUGGUUCUGUCCAGACUGAAUACUCCGUAUGGGCCAGCUCCUCCAACAAGCUAGGUUCUGCUGUGUCCACCACCCUCAACUUCACACUCGACCACAUUGUGCAGCCCUUGCCCCCUGCUGUGUCCCAGGUAGAGUGCUGGUCGCUGGGCUGUAAUGUCAGGGUGGAGGGGGCUCAGGGAGCUCAGCUCCUGGAGGUCCAGCAGAGAACCGCCCAGGGACCAGGACCAUGGAUAUUACACACACACACCGCAGGUUCAGUGUGGAACCAGUCCAUUGUGUCUCUGCAGCCCUACACGAAGUAUGAGUUCCAGGCCAGGGUCAGACUGAGUCAUAGGAGAGGCAUCUGGAGUGACUGGAGCCAACCCGUCUCUAACUGGACACAGGAGGAGGCACCUGCCAAGGCUCUGGAUGUGUGGUACACAACCUCCAACUCUCCCAACUCCAUCACUUUAUACUGGAAGAGGCUGAGUCACACAGAGGCCAGAGGGAAGAUCAGGGGUUACAAGGUGAUAGUUCACGACGCCCUGGCAGGGAAAUCUGAGAGCAACACCUCCAUUAAUCAUAUUUCAGGCCUGUCCUGCUCUCGCUGUGAUGUCACUGUCUACGCCCUGAACUCCAGAGGUUCCUCACCCCCUGCCCGUGUCACCAUUCCCCUCAGAGCAGCCCAGCCCCCUCAGAAUGUGAUGUGUACAAAUCACAGUAACCACAGCAUCACCAUCUCCUGGCGGAGGCCUGUAACUGCAGUAGCAGCCAGUGGGACAGGGGAUGGGGCAGUAAGUGGCUACCUGCUGGAAUGGUUCCCUGUUGGCAGACAGGUGGAGAAGCUCAGGUGGAAGAGACUGGGUCCUAAUGAAACCCAUACUGUCAUUAGAGAUAACAUUAAGCCGUUUGAGUGCUAUGAGGGAGCAGUUUAUGCUCUGUAUGAGCAGGCAGUGGGCAGGGCCCAGUUUGAAGACUUCUACACCUUGGAAUUAGUACCUUCCGCGGGUCCGUCUGUCCAUCAGCCGGUGGUGGAGGGGGACAAAGUGACCGUUUCCUGGUCAGAGGUCCCUCAGGAACACAGGUGGGGCUGUGUCAUCAACUACACCAUCUAUGUGAAAAACUCAGAGGGAAAAGACGUUGGAAACUACGUCUGCAGAGCAUCAGAGAGGUCCUUCACCAUCAGGGACCUUCCCCCUGAGUACUACCGUCUAUGGAUGACCGCAUCGACUGCCUCAGGACAGGGCCCCAGAGCCGGACACUCCUUCAUCAUCAAACCUCAAAGUUUGCUUUCAGACAAUUGGCUUUAUACCAUGGUCCUGGUAGGGAUCACCUCCUUCCUGGUGUUCUUUGUCCUGCUGUGCCUGUACCAAGUCUCCUCGCUAAGACGACGAGUCUCAACACUCGUCCACUGCCUCAUGCCAGAUAUCGUCCCUGAUCCUGCCAACAGCAAAUGGGCAAAGGAGUGUGCCAAAGAGAAGGGUGAGUUGACCCUACACCUCUACCUCAGUGAGUCUAGUGUCAGUGAAGAAGAGGAGCCAGACACUGUGGAGGUCCAGGAGCUGCCCGAGGGCAGUUGGAGCUCAUGGAAACCAGCACAGCGCACUGACAUCUCCGGAACUCCAGAGGGUGCUAUUCACCCCUCCUUAGACCUCCUCUUCAUGCCCCAACAGAUCCCUGCGACAGACCCGUCAACAACAGCCUACUUCCAGAGCUCCUACCUCAAGAGCUUCUCCCAGGAGUCAGGCUCCUCAGGCCAGACACAGGAUUCCCAGGGAACAGAUAUGACUGUAGAUUACAUAUCAACACACGUCCUAGAGGGCAGAGAGGAGAAGGAAGAGGAAGGUCUGGAUGUGAUGGGAUUCUUCUCCUGUCCGCAGAACCCCCUGAGUCCGUUCAUGAACCCUUUGGUGUCUUUCGGAGGGAAGCUGACUCUGGACGCGGUCAGGAUCGACUGCAGUGAGUUCUUAGACUGAUGGGUUAGACUGAUAGCCAUAUAAAGUAACCCAAGGAGCAGGUUGUGUGAAGAUCCUGUGUAAUCUUUGAUUCUCACUAACCAACAAUCAUUAUAAACAGUUAUAUUGCAUUACAGUACAAUAGUACACUAUCUAUCAGAGAUGGGAGACUACAGACCUCGGGGUCCAUAGUGGUGUAACACUUUUUCACCAUAGCAAACACUAAUUGCAUUCUAAAUUGAAGAUGAUGAUGAGUUGAUUUUUGGAGUCAGGUGUUAGUUGGGGCAAAAGUGUGACAUCAAUCCGACCCCCGAGGACUGGAGUUGCCCAUCCUAGAUCUAUGUCUUGGAUAACACAAAAGAUCAAUACAAUACAACUCACCUGUCACAUUUCCCCCAGUUUACAGGGACUGUAAGCAAUGAGCUUUUCUGAAAUUAUGUAAAGUUAUGUAUAGUGCAAUGAGUGCACCAUGAGUUCAUAUCUGGAAGUGUAUUUAUUAUUUUCACAAAGAGAUAGUACUGGAAUAUGCAGGGUCAGCCUUAGCAUAGAGUCCUGGAUCCUUGCAGAGAGUACAGGUGCUCUAUAGUGUAAAUGUAAUAUUGGGGAUUCCUAAAGUUUAAUACAUUUAAUAUGGGGGAUUAUUGUGAUGAGAAAAAAGGAGACUGGAGAUGCUAGUGAGGUUAGACUUGUAUUUGUUAUUUGGGGGUCUUUGAAUCAGUUACAUUUCGUUAUCAACAAAUCAGCCUGCAUCUCAAAUUCGACAGUUAAUCAGAGCAGCAAGAAGCAAAAAACACAACCAACCUGCGGUGAGCAAACAGGCAUGUAUUCUGAGAAGAAUAACAGAUUACAGAUGGGUCAAUGUAUUUAGCUUUCAAACAUAAUUUACAAUAUUGUUUAGCAGUGGUUUGUUAUACACAAAAAGAUAUGUGAACCCUUUAGAAUUAGCUGGAUUUCUGCAUAAAGUCACAGCAAUAGACAAACACAGUCUGCUUAAACUAAUAACACACAAACAAUUAUAAUGUGGAUGUUUUUAUUGAACACACCAUGUAAACGUUCACAGUGCAGGUUGGAAAAAUGAUGUGAACCCUUGGAUUUAAUAACAGGUUGACCCUCCUUUGGCAGCAAUAACCUCAACCAAACGUUUUCUGUAGUUGUGGAUCAGACAUGCACAACAGUGAGAAGGAAUUUUUGACCAUUCCUCUUUACAAAACUGUUUCAGUUUUACAAUAUUCUUGGGAUGUCUGGAGUGAACCGCUCUCUUGAGGUCAUGCCACAGCAUCUCAAUCGGGUUGAGGUCAGGACUGACUGGGCCA